AUGGAUUCCGAGGAUUCCAGAGCGAAGCAAUUGGAAGACAUGUUAAAUGAACUAAAGUCAAGAAGCAAGGAGAAAGUCAUUCUGGAAACAGGAGUUUUCAUGCUUAUUUUGUUGUUUUUGUUUGUUGGAAACGUCUUAACACUCCUGGUUGUGAUAUUAAACCCUCGGAUGCGAACAAUUCCGAACAUGUUCGUAACAUCACUCGCUGUUUCGGACUUAUCGUUCGGUGUUUUCAUGGUAUGUCCCCUAGGUGUUCCUGUAUCACUGUUAUCUCAAUGGCCUUUUGAUCACACAACCUAUCAAUAUCAAGGCUACAUAACUAUCGCCUUGAGUGUUGCAUCGAUUCACACAAUGGCCUUAAUGGCGGUGAACAGAUAUUAUAGAAUCGUCAAACCAUCGAAAUACCGCCGCUACUUCACCAAAAAGAGAGCCAUGGUCAUGAUCCUCGUGUCGUGGCUCUAUUCCAUGUUAGUUCCGUUUCCCUACGUCCUCAGUGGGCACAAAAUGAUUUUUCAGCCGGCCAAGUUCAUCUGCUUUCUCAACAUUGACACCACUGGACUGGGCUCCUUCGAGACAAUUUUAGAAUUUAGAAUUUUCAAGACAGUUCGAAGUCACAACAAUAACUUUCAUCUCUCCCGUCGCGGGAUUAACGCUGUAAACGUGGAGGAAGUCAAGGUAGCGCGCACGUUAUUUGUGAUAGUGGUGUUUUUUACUUUGUGUUGGGCUCCGGUUGUGGUAAUUGACAUUGUAGACGUAAUACGCGGAAGUUGGACCUUUCCUCGUGAGGCUUACAUAGCAUACAGCGUUUUGGCAACCUUAAGUACUGCUUUGAAUCCUUUGAUUUAUGGCGUGGUAAACAGGAAUUUCCGUAGAGAAUAUCUGAAGUUGCUACGCUGUAGGUACUGCCGUCCACAAGCUGUUGUA